AUGGAAGAAAACAGAAGUAAAGCAAGAAGUUUUCGCUAUGAAGACUACAAUACCAGAAGGGUUUUCUUAAGGAGCUAUCCACUUCGCUGGGGAUCUGAAUCCGAGGCUGAAGAAAGCAAAGAAGAAGGUCAGGAAUACAAAGAAGAGGCUGUCAAUGUCAAAACUGUAAAAACUGGGAAGAAACCAGUUAAGAAGAUAAUCCUUGCAGUUAUCCAAUGGGGAGGAGAAAGGAUCAUACUUUUGAGAAGGGUCAAGGAUAAGAUAACGAUUUAUCUUGUCAACUGUAUGCCUGUCAAUUUCAAGGUUCCUACAGCUUUGAUUUCAAUUUGA